UUUCUGAAAUACAUGUUGCAAUAUUAAGAGUAAAAUUAGUGUCAAGUCUGCAAAAUCGUUUUCUUUAACUUUGUAAAAAUAUAAUUGUACAAGAAGAACUUAAAAUUACUGUGCCACACUCACUGAGAGAGUGACUGAGAAAGACUAAGACUGUCAGGAAUUUGGGGAAUGAAAUGGGUUAAAAUUAAUUGGAUUUUCAUUUUCUUAGAUGUAAGUCAUAACUGACUGUGAGAUUACAAAAAUACCUAUGUAUAUCUUUGUAGUUUGGAAUGAAGAAGUGGCCUCCUGUCCCUGACAGGAGAGGCAGGCUAAUCUUAAUUCUGUCUCUUUGCUGUGCAACACUGUAGUACAUAUGUUUUCCAAACUCUAGGUACAGCAGCUAAAAAAAAUGACAAACUUUGUGGGUUGGGGAACUUGCACAAACUGUUUUUCACCGUGAUUUUGCAAGCUAUGUCUCUGUCUUAUAAUUCAGAUGUAUUUUCAGAAACGUGUAUUUAUCUAAAUAGACAGGCAAAAGCACUUAGCUAUUGGGUGAUGUGAACUGAGCUCACUGCAGAUGCAGCUGAAAUGAGCUGGAGCAAGUGUGUGUGUAUGACUCAUGGGAAGAGUCAGCCCUGGUUAGCAGCUAAAGGAUAAUCUCCUCUAUUAAGUGCAUAUGACAUCUUAAAUAGUAGUAAAGAAGUGGAAGCAGGCGUUUGUGGGAAAUGUAGAAAUAAGUUCACAAGUUAACACUUCUGUCUCAUCUUCAACCAUCACUGUUUCCUUCCUUCACCCUCUGCUAGAUUUAAACUAUAUAGUUUAUAUGUAAGCAGAAAACAGUUGUGAGUGAGUAGAAUUAAUUGGAUAGCUACUUUGCAAAUGCUUUUUAAGUGGAAGAUGCGAAGACAGAGAUUUAGUCUCUGCUGGCUAAGAGUGGUCAUGUAACGUGGAACUCUACUUUCUCACUUUGCCAUUCAGAAAGAACUGUCCUAGUUUUCUGCUGGUCUUGUGUCGUUUUUAUGCUUUUAAUACAGUCUCGUUUUUAUGCUUUUAAUACAGUCAUAGGUCUGGGUACCAUAGUUUUAAAAGUACUCUGCAAGCUGGGUCCUAGCAGCAACUAAUGAUUACAAUUAACUUCUGUGAAACAAAUUUUGAGAUAAAUGGAGGUCAUGUCCCUUUAAAAAAAAAAAAAAGGUACCUAAGACUACUUUCACUUUCCAAAAAGUUUCAUUAGUAAUUUGUUUUUUAUGCUAGAUUUUUGUAAAUAAUUUUUUUGACUGUCUUUGAAGCAAAUACUUAUAAAGUUAGGGGAAACAUCAUCUGUUGGUUCUAGGGCUUUUUUUCAGCCAAAACAGUAACUUUCCCCUUCUUUGUCGGAUCAAAGCAAUGAUAGUUUUUCCCUUUUCUGUUAUGAGUUUACUUUGGGGAAAAACAGACUGUAUCUGCAAUGAAGGCAGUGAAUGCAUGCUUGUUGUCAUAGGGAAAUAGGCCCUUCAAAUUCAGUAGGAUGAUAUGACCCAUUGACUACAAAGUGAGGUUACAAAUGUCUUCUCUAAUGUGCUAAUUAACCAGCUGCUGAUGGUAUCUUUCCUUAUCUGACCAAGUUCCCAUUUUUAUUGGACAUGAUGAAAAUGUUUGAAGGAUUCUAUCUUAGAAGUGUUAAUGCAUGAUUGUAUGAAAUAUGUAUUCAAUUGUAUACUCCUUAUGAAAUUCAAUAAGAAAAAAUUAAUGUCAGGUGUUAAGCAAAAUUUUGUUGGAAGCGUAAAUAGUUGAAGUUUGUAUCAAAAAUGCAUCACUUCUAAAGUACACUGCCUGAGUGCUUUUAUACUCUUUAGUUCUCUGGUACUAUUGACUUGCAAUUCUGACUGUUAAUGACUUUCAGAAGAAACAAUUUCACUGUUGAGAGUAUGCUGCUACAUCUUUGUAAGCCAGCCAUAUGUGUUUGUGAGCUGGUCUCCCAAGAAAACUGAACAGGUAAGUAACAUCAAUUUUCUUUUUUUUUUUUAAAGGCAAAAAUGGUUCUAUAACACCAUUUGAACAAACAUAAGAAUAAAAAGGACUAUGGUUAUUUGUUGAGAAGUUUCAUAAAUUUCUCAGUGGAAAGAAGCCAAUUGUGUCAUCAGUGGACAAAAGCAGAAAGUUUGUAGUUCUGUUCAUUCAGGGGGAAAAAAAAAUCAUUUAAUGAUAUGGCUAUUGCCUUGUAGCAGUACUUACUAUGCACAGUAAAUUGUUUGCCAGGAUGGCUCUCUGGGGAUACAGCCUGCAGAUGACACCUAAACUGGUCCAGAUUCUCGAAUGAAUAAAACAGCCUGGGUUAAGUGAGUAUAUUGGCGGGCAGAGAUCUGGGACAAGGUAUUCCUGAUUCUGAUAUUGCACUUCUUUAUUUCAAAGCUCAGACGUGACAGAUGUAAAGGAGGAAUCCGUUUGGAUCCAUGCACUGUAACUUACUGCAGGAUAACUAGCAGGAGGAACUUGUGCUGGAAGUGUGCUUGUGCAGGUAAAUGUUUUUCACAUGCUGAACCAGCAGGAGGAGGUCUUUGGCCUGCGCCACGUGCCUAGCAUGGCUUUGGUGAGUUGUUGGCCUGUGAGAGCCACGUUGCCCUACGUUUUCUGUUCGUGUUGAGCAGUUUCAGGAUACCAUCGUUAUAUCGGAAUUAUGCCCAUAGCAACUGUCUACAGUGUCCUGUUUUCCCAAGAACAAGAGAAACAAAGAGAAAGGAUUUUCUUAAUCAUAAAUAUGCUUCCAGACACUGCAUACAAAAAUCUGUCUCUCUCACUCUGCUCUCUCUGACGGCUAUGUUGCCAGUGUUCUUCUGGUUCUUUGCUAGUUUUAUCCCAUUUUUCUUCCUUUUCACUUAAAGAAACUGGCAGUUUGACUGCUCUUAUGUAAGGUAGUCAGUCCAAGAUAACUCUUCAUUCUGAUUCUAGUUUUUGAAAGCAUUUCUGCUGUUUCUGUUUUUGAUAAAAAUAAUUAAUUAUAGCUUAAUUUAGUUUGUACAAAAGGGUGAAAGGUGGAUCAUUUGCUUCAGCAAGGACAUUCAUUGGACAUAGAUCUAACAUCACAGCCACAGUCCUAGCCCUAAAAAUAAAAUUAAAAAAAAAAAACUGAUGUCAACCUCAAGAAGAGUCACAUAAUCCACGGACAGGGAGAGCGGCCAUGGAACACUAAUUCUCAAAAUAAAUGCAUUUCAACAAUGUUUUGUCAAAGCAAACCUAGAACCUGGGACAGCAUGGCUUUUAAAGUGAUGUCUGUAUUCUGUGUUUUACUUUAUACUGUAAAAGCUUAGAUGCAUACAGAAUAGACACUGUCAAAUGAUGAUAGACUGCAACUCUGUUUAGGCAACUUUCUAACAUUACCAAAUUGCAGCCCACAAAGAGAACAACAUUUGCUUAAAGUACUCCAAGUUACUUGUAAGCAUUAGAACCAGAAAUUUAUGAUUAAAUACUUGAAUAAUAUUUUUCUAGAGAUGCAUUAUUUCUCCAAGUUCUCUUCAUUUACCACAGUAUGUUAAAUAUCCUGUGGGAUUUCUCCUCCAAAUUCUGUGUACUGUAGCAAAAAAGGGAUUGGGGAGUGAUAUGGGGCAGUGGAUUACCAAUAGUACUCUCUGUCCUGCAGAAGUUUGCACUAAUGUCCUGCUUCAUUUCUUGUCAUAACUAUUACGUAUGCUACUACAAGGCGUUAGUAGCAAUCACAGCUGGACAGAGCUAGCAGCUAGGAAAAGAGUGCUCAGUGUUGCGGACAACAGUUUCGCCCUCUGCAGUCAAGCAGUUGUGAAAAAAUAGAAAUAGACUUCUGAAGCAGUGUUUAAUGUUUUAGCCUUGUAGUCAAACCACAGUGAACAAGGUUAGCUGUGUGCAGUAACAGCAAUAGCACUUCACUGUGCUGUAGGAGACUGAGACUAACCACAGGAAAGGCAAUCCUGAUGAGCUUAAAGGGCAUUCUCAGCUGUAGCUAGCGUAGCUGACGCACUAAUACUGAGGAAGUAAAAACAGAAGUAUAUGAAGGAAACAAGUUUGUGUAAAUGUGGGUGCCCAAAGGGCGAACAAGAGUGUUCUUCUUCGUCUUCAUCCACCAUGUCUUCUCGUUUCUCCCUGAUCUGGAUUCUACUGAUCUUGUUUACAGGCCCCAGAGUAUCAGGAUCAAUCCUGAAAGGAGUGGUUGGUCAGAAUAUCACUGUGCCCUGCUCUUACCAUGUUAAGGGGAGGGCCGACAUCACAACGAUGUGCUGGGGUCGUGGCGCCUGCCCUGCUUCAAAAUGUUGGCAGCCCAUUAUCUGGACAGAUGGAUGGAAGGUGACAACACAGUCCUCUGAGAGGUACCAACUAGAAGGGAACCUGCCAAAGGGGAACGUGUCCCUCACAAUAGUGAAUGCAGAGGAAGCAGACAGUGGGACGUACUGCUGCCGUGUGGAGAUCCCAGGGUUGUUCAAUGAUCAGACAACUAAUCACAGGGUUGUGAUUGAGAAAGCUAGGAUCACUACUCCAAGUCCUCACACUUACACCUCUGAACAGACCUCAGCUCCUGGGACUGCCAGUGACUCAUCCCUUACCAUCACAACAACAUGGCCAUCAGUUUCUGGUUCAGAAGCUCCUCAGACUGCCUACAAUCCCUCUUCCAGCACCAAUUUCAUCUCAGACCGCUCAGAUAUAACCGCAGACUUGCAGAAUGUGUCUGAAUCAGCUCACAGUGCACAGAAUUCAGAAAAUGGGAUAUACAUUGGGAUUGGCAUAUGUGUGGUGCUUCUUGUCAUCCUUAUUUUGGCUCUGUUCCUCAGUAGACACUAUUUAUACAACAUGAAGAAGCUGAGUAACUUUCCAAGCUCUGUCAUGUUUUGGAGAUUAGAACGUGCAGGGAACCAAAAUGCCCUGGAAAUUGAUAUGCAUGCAGAGGAAAACAUUUAUACAAUACACUAUACCAUGCAGAGUGUCUCAGAAGGGGAAAAAGAGGGGGCACCUAUCCAUAAGAGCAGGAAAGAAGCAGUUGCAAUACAUAUAAACGGGAAAUGGAGAAAUGAUUCUUCAGUGGGGCUCACUCAGCAUUUCUCAGUGCUUCCGAUCACUGCGCUGAAGUCUCCAUCGACUAAAAUGUCCCGUUUUGUGUUGUUUUGCUGGAUUCUGAUACAGACCUUUAUAGCUCACACCGUAUCUGAAACUGUUGUUAGAGGAGAAAUAGGGCAAUCUGUUACGUUACCUUGCUUCUACCGGGUAGAAAGAUGGAGAGACAUCUCAGAUAUGUGCUGGGGCAGAGGCAUGUGCCCACAUUCAAAAUGUAGUAACAAAAUUUUGCACACCACUGGGAAUAGGGUGACAUUCAGAAGAUCUCAGAGAUACAAUCUUCAGGGCUAUAUUUCCUAUGGAGAUGUGUCUCUCACAAUAAAAGAAGUGAAGGAAGAAGAUGCAGGUGUAUACUGCUGCCGUGUAGAAAUCCCUGGCUGGUUCAAUGACAUCAAAAAGAACAUGAAGCUGCAGGUGUUCAGAGCAACAACUCUGCCAGCGACAACCAGGCUUCAGACAACAAAGUUAACCCUGACUCCUUCAGCACCUCCAGUGAUGAUGACAACCAUGACAAAGCCUCCCAAUUCCCCCCCAAAUUUUAGAAAAACAAUUUCUGUUCCCCAAGCAACCUCUGAUCUUCAAGCAACAGUUAUGGCAGAGACUGCUGUCCUCCUGACAACUGUCAGUCCUCCAGCAACAACUACCACCAAAAUAUUUGUUCCUCCAAUUCUUGUUGACCCACCGGCAACCACUGAGUCUCCAGCAGUAAUUAUGUUGGAGACUUUUGCUCCCUCAGUAUUCACUAUGACAGCAAAUGACAUUUUUCCAGAAAGUGUGGUGACAACUAGUGCUCCUGUAGAUUUUUCAACUGGUUUUCAAGCAGCUGACAGCAUGACUGAAGAUGAUUACGUGUUCAGUUCAACAGGAUUUGUCAUUGUUCCUGAAGUGACUACAGAAUUCCCAAGUACACUUCCAGGUUCAGAAGGAACUGAAAAUGCAGACACGUCUCUCAUUGCAGAAGAUAUUUCAGGAAGUUCAAACACAAAGGAUAAGAAAAAGGAUGAUUAUCAGUUUCCAAUCUAUGUCAUUAUCACCUGUUCCAUACUGGCAUCCAUUCUUUUUAUAUUGAUGCUCUCAACACUGUUACGGGAAUGUAAACACUCAGGGAGUUUUAAAAUAAAAAGCCUUGGACCGCCAGAAGAGCUUGAAAAAGUUUUUAGUAGUGCUGAAGGAGAAAAUGGCCUCUUCACCCUGUGAACAGCCCCCAUACCAUCUGUAGAUGCCUUG